AUGUCCUCAACAGAAGUUGAACUAGAAAUUUUCCACCACACCGCCACCGCCACCGCCAAACGCCAAAAGUACCACCACUAUCAUAACCGCAACAAGUCUUUAUUGCCUGGGCUCCCCGACGAUAUAGCCCAGAUUUGCCUUUCUCUUGUACACCCUUCGACUCUUUACUCCGUUUGCCAUUCAUGGCGCCGCCUUAUAUAUUCGCCGUCUUUUCCUCCUUUCCUGUCGAUUUAUGGUAUAUUUUUGUCUACAAAAGAAGUAGAUCAAGCUUCUAAUCGCUCAAGAUCUAUUGAAUUCUCGUGUUUUGAGCCGAUUUCUUGUAAAUGGUUGUCCCUUCCGCCGCCGCCUCUGGAACCACCGCACCAAUUUUUGUUCCACCACCCUUCGUUUAUAUCCCGGAAACUUCCUAUUCAAUCCGUUAGUGUUUCAGGGAAUUUAGUUCUUCUCGCCGCCACUGCCGAUCAAUUCCUCCCGGCCCUCUCUCGGCCACUCAUUUUUAACCCCUUGUCCCAGCGGUGGACCUAUGGCCCGCCAUUCGCCGCCCCUAGACGAUGGUGCGUAGCUGGUGCAUCACGCGGUGUCGUAUACGUAGCCAGUGGAAUUGGGUCCCACUACAACACCAUGUUGGCUCGGUCUGUCGAAAAAUGGGACCUCAAAAAUAUCAACAACAAUUAUUUACGAUCACGAUCUUGGAAAUGGGAAAAAAUGGGAGGACUGAAGGACGGAAAAUUCAGCCGGGAAGCCAUUGAUGCAAUUGGAUGGAGAGGAAAGCUCUGCAUGGUGAACGUAAAAGGCGAUGCGGCCAAGGAAGGCAAGAUUUAUGACGUAAAAACCGACUUAUGGUCUGAGAUGCCGGAGGGGAUGCUGGUGGGGUGGCGGGGCCCUGCCGCCUCCAUGGAUGAGGAAACCAUCUAUAUGGUGGAUGAGUCGAAAGGUGUAUUAAGAAAGUAUGAUUCCGACAGGGACAUGUGGGUGGAGAUAGUGGUGGAUGAUAGGCUUAAAGGGGCUCAACAAACGGCGGCGGCCGGUGGCAAGGUUUGUGUAUUGUGUGGUAAUGGUGGUGAUAUUUUCGUGGUGGAUGUAGCGGCGCAACCGCCUAAAUUAUGGGUUGUGAAUACUCCGGCGGGGUUUGAAGCUGUCAAUAUUCAUAUCUUACCUAGAAUGAGCCACACAGUACAUUAA